AUGUCAUUAUUUAAAUCAUUAACCUCAAUUAAUAAAAAUAGAAUAGGUACAAAUAAUAAUGAAAUUCUACCAACAAGCAAUUACAACAAUAUAAAUAAUAAAAAUCAAUUUGGUAAUGAAUCAUCUAGAUGGAUACCAUAUAAGUAUUGGAUAGUUAGUUAUGGUUAUUAUAAAGUAAUUGCCCAUUGUUAA